AUGAAGCAGGGUGCAAAUAGGAGCCUCUUAGACGGGAUCAGUGAGCUCUUCGGCUCAAAUCAAGACUCCGAUUGCGUGAUCGUCUUCUGUCAAGACACGAGCGCGCCAGCAGCAGAGCAAGCCAAGCAGGCCAGCAGUCGGAAAGCCUCGCCAGGUGCCGCGCAAUCGCGUGUUGCCGAGAGCCUGAUGUUCGGUGAGCCACUACCAGCUCAUCGGCUGGUUCUGCGCCUUGCAUCAGAGAGAUUUGCUGCUCAGCUGCAACGCUGGUCCGACAACACCAUACCUGGUCCUACCCGCACCGAUCAGAAUCCUGCAUGGAAGCCGGGGAAGCCAGAUUCCUCAUCUACAGCAGGCCCUGUCGACAGUCGCCCAUCCCUGCGCAUUCCGCUCGGGAGCGAGGAUGAGCUGCCGAGCGCCCGCGCCGCCAUCCAGUUCGCAUACACCGGUGAAGUCUCGACAACAACAAGCAGCGUCCGUGAAAUUCUGGGGGUGCGACGGCAGGCUGGGUAUCUACAAAUUAGCGGCUGUGCGGCCGCCUGCGAUGAGGCACUGCGGAAGAAGAUCGGAACCGAUCAUCACAUUACAAAAGGUGCCGCCGCCGCUGCUACCGCCGCUGUCACGGUACAGCGCCAGGAACAACAUCGUGCCAUGCUGGAGCUGCUAGAGUGCCAGGACCUGUGGCCGGACCUUGAAGUGGAGCCAACCUUCGCUGCCAUUCUUCGCUGUGUUCGACCUCACCUCGUUUGCAGCUUUCGGGAUGCACCGACAGUCCUGAACAACUCAUCCCUGAAGCAGCACUUCCUGGAGCUGCCCGCGGUAGCCCUUGUGGAAUUGCUGUCGUCCAGCGACUUCGGAACGGACAGCGAGUCCACCAUCCUGCUGUUGCUGGCGGUCUGGAUGGAACGCAACUACGACCGCACAGAUGCGAAGACCCGAGAACGGUUGUGUCGUGCUGUACGACUGGGCCAUCUGAGCCGGCCGUACCUCAGCCUGGUACUGCCUGCCCUGGCGGCGGACUAUGAGCGCCUGGGGCCCUCACAGGAAGCGUGGUUCCCGCUAAAUAUCAUGGAGGCAGCUUUUGUGUCCAACUUCGCCAGUACACCCGAGAACGAACGGGUCCGACUGCUUCCCCACAGGUUGCUUCGAGAUGACCGUUGGAUGUUGAGUUCGUUGGCGGCCAGGCCCAGAAGGAAGUGUAUCACCGAGUCUUGGAGCCCCAACGCCACGUUUAGAUGGCACAUCAAGAUGCAGGACCUGCAGGACGCUGUACGGCGGAUGGACGGUGGGCGCACAGAGUGUGUUUACGUGACGUUCGACAUGCACCACCACCAUCACCACCAGCACCAUCACCACCAGCAAGACUACUUGGUCGGAUUGGGCUUUCACUGGUCGGUCGGCAUUCAGCUCAUCGAUUUGAAGUCGGGUUCGGCGAUGGUGUGCCUGUUCUGCAGUCUCCCCCCCACCCUGGCCCCCAUUGGGUCCCGGCUGAGCGAGGAGGAGGCCGGCGACCUGCUGCCGGCCGUCGUCCCCAUCUCUGCUCUACUGGUAGUGCACAGCCCCAAUUCACGGGGGGAGUUUCGGGCGGUGUUUGACGCGGUUGAGCGAAUAAGAGCAUUGACAAGUGAGCUUUCAGCCGCGAUACGUGCUGCGCUGUGUCUGUCGCUCGACGUGUGCGGUUUCACCUUGCAUCAGCUGGGCGAUUUGCCCACGUAUUUGCUGCUGCUGCUGCUGCUUCUUGCAUCGAUGAGCUUGAUUUGUGUCGACUACAGGCCCUUCAUGCAAAGGUAG